CAAUUAUCAAAACAGCAGCAAACACGGUGCCUGGCGGUCCCCUGUGACGUAUGCUGGGCCGGCCGGAGUCCAUGCGAGAGUCCCCACUCUGACGACAGCCCCGCCGACUUAUUUAUCCAUCGGCCGCCGAGCUUCACGGCCAGAUCUCUACGGUUGUUCAUCAUUGACACACCGCUGCAACAGCCCCAUCUCUAAACGGCGGUUUUCUACCAUCCCCUCUAUCCAGAACCUUAGAAACCUCCCCCUCUUUGAAUGAAAGCACGGACCCAAGCCACACAUCUCACUCCUCGAUCCAUAUAACAACCAUCUACCUACAUCCUCGCCCAUACCCCAACCCAACCCAACCCAACCCCAACCCCAUAUCCCCAUCCUCAUCCCCAUACCCCUCAUACCAACCAUGGACGACCAAGUCAACCGCCUAGUCGACAAAAUCUGGAGUACACAAACACCUCGCCACCCCCCAACCACCCGCCUCCUUAUCGCCAUCAGCGGCAUCCCCGGCUCCGGCAAAACCGAACUCGCCCUGACCAUGUCCAACCUCAUCAACCAGCGUCACCUCCGCCACCACCCCCAACUACCCCAAAUCGCCACCCACAUCCCCAUGGACGGCUACCACCUGACCCGCUCCCAGCUCUCCGCCAUGCCAGACCCAAGCUACGCACUCGCUCGACGCGGGGCAGCCUUCACCUUCGACGGGGAGAAAUUCCUGCGCCUUGUGCAAGCGCUCCGCGAAGAAAUCACGCCGGAGACGCAGAGUCUGUUUGCGCCGAGCUUCGAUCACGCGGUGAAGGAUCCCGUGGACGACGAUAUCUCGAUUCCGGCGUCGUGUCGGGUGGUGUUUUUUGAGGGGAAUUAUCUGAGUUUGGAUAGGGAGCCGUGGAGAAGUGCGGCGGGGUUGAUGGAUGAGUUGUGGUUUGUGGAGGUGGAGUUUGGGGUUGCGAGGGAGAGGUUGGUUAGGAGGCAUGUUAGGGCGGGGAUUGCGAGGGAUGAGGAGGAGGCGGGGAGGAGGGUGGAUGGGAAUGAUUUGGUGAAUGGGAGGGAGAUUGUCCAGGGGAGGUUGGAGGUGCAGGAGGUGGUGGUUAGUAGUUAUGAUUCUGCGUGGGAGGCGUGAGGGAUUAGGUUGAUGGUAUAGAUUAUGAUGUGAUGUGAUGUAUCCUGGUUUGGCUUGUUCGUUGGGAAAUGAAUGGGUCAUGGAGGGGUUUAGCAAUUGGUGAAUUAGCAUGGGUUAACUUGAUAUGCGUUAGAUUAGAUAUAACUAGAUGAUACUAUCUAACAUGUGCUAGAGAGUAUAGAUUCUUAUUCUUGGUUUCAUUUUUCGUGACUUUAUUUAGAC